CUUAAUAUUUUUAUAAAAUCGGCACUCCUAAUUAUGGGAGAAUUGCAGUAUUCUAUUCCAGAAGAAAUGACGAGGGGAACAUUUGUAGGUAAUGUUGCAAAAGACCUGGGGUUAGACAAUCAAAGACUAAAAACUCGAAGAGCUCGAAUUUAUACCGAAGGAGAAACGGAAUACAUUGAGUUAAAUGUAAAUAAAGGGAUUUUAGUUAUUAAAGACAGAAUUGACAGAGAGCAGCUGUGUGAGACAAUAACGCCUUGCGCCUUAAAUUUUCAGAUUGUCCUCGAAAAUCCAAUGCAAUUCCAUAGAAUUAGUGUUGAGAUAGUUGAUAUUAACGAUAACGAUCCUACAUUCCCUGAAAACAGUAUGCAUUUGGAAAUUAGCGAGUCGGCUCCUCCAGGAGCUGUGUUUUCUCUGCCGAGUGCUGUAGAUAGUGAUGUCGGCGUUAAUACGUUACAAUCGUAUAGUCUCACAUCUAAUAAUCAUUUUAAAUUAAGAACAAAGGAGCAUAAUGCUGGGAGAAAUUCAGUGGAUUUGGUAUUAGAAAAGCCUCUAGACAGAGAAAUACAAGAAAAGCAUAUCCUCAUGUUAACUGCAGUUGAUGGAGGAGAGCCUCAGCGAUCGAGUACAAUUGAAAUUGAAAUUAUUGUCCUCGACGCCAAUGACAACGCUCCCAUUUUCUCUAAAGAGGUUUAUAAAAUAGCUGUCCGUGAGAACUGCUUGAUAGGUUCGGUGCUUAUUAAAGUUAACGCUACUGACGCAGACAAAGGAAUAAAUGGGCAAAUAAAAUAUUUUUUCACUCAUAUCUCAAAUAAUGCGAAGGAUUUAUAUAAACUUAAUGAAGAAACCGGAGAAAUCAAAGUCACAGCACAAAUAGAUUACGAAAAACAUAAAAUGUAUGAAAUGACCGUUCAAGCCAAAGAUAUUGGGGGUCUCGUAGGCUCUUGUAAAGUAAUAAUAGAAGUAACAGAUGUAAAUGACAAUGUCCCGUUUAUAAAUCUGAUGUCUAUUUCAAAUCAAAUCUCCGAAGAUUCAUUGCCUGGAACAGUGAUAGCAAUUAUUAACGUGCAAGAUAAGGACUCUGGAAGAAACGGUCAAGUGAUCUGUUUCAUUGAUAAUAAUAUUCCAUUUAAAUUAAAAUCUUCUUUAAAUAACUUUUAUAGCUUAGAAACUGAUGGAAUUCUAGAUCGUGAAAAAACUCCACAGUAUAAUAUUACCAUUGUGGCCACAGACCAAGGUGAGCCUUCACUUUCAGCCACUUAUACAAUAUUAUUAGCGGUAAGUGAUGUAAAUGACAAUCCACCGAGAUUCGAACAGCAGCAUUACACAACAUAUAUUAUGGAAAACAAUUCUCCUGGAUCUUCAUUUUUUUCAGUGUGUGCCAAAGAUGAUGAUUCGGGUGUUAAUAGUAAAAUCACGUAUUUUGUUCAAGAAACUCGAAUUAACCAAUCCGUAUCUUCGUUUGUAUCUGUUAAUUUAGAUGAAGGUGUUAUCUAUGCUGUACGUUCGUACGAUUUUGAGCAGCUGAGUCAUUUUCAAAUCUUGGUUACAGCUAAAGAUGGAGGAUCUCCAUCUCUUAGUGCCAGUGUCAUUGUAGAUGUGUAUAUCCAAGACCAGAAUGACAAUCCCCCAGAGGUGUUGUAUCCUGUCCACAGUAAAUCUCACCCAAUAACGGAGUUGAUACCCCGUUCUGCUGAUGUUGGAUACCUGGUUACUAAAGUUGUUGCUGUUGACAAGGAUUCUAGUAAUAAUGCUUGGCUUUCUUAUAAAAUAAUCAAGUCCACCGACCAGACACUUUUUAAAGUGGGUAUACAUGAUGGGGAAUUAAGAACUCUUCGACAAAUUACUGAGAAGGAUUUUUCCAAAUAUAAGUUAACAAUUUUAGUAGAAGACAAUGGACAACCUCCUUACACAGCGAGCAUCAAUGUCAACGUUGCAGUUAUUGAUAACUUUGCCCUAGCCUUUUCUGAAUUCAACGAUCUUGCACAAAGGAACAACGAUGAUGGUGAUAUGCAGUUUUACUUAAUUCUCUCCUUAGUGAUAGUAUCAUUUGUUUUCCUUAUUUUCAUUAUAGUGAUCAUAUCUAUAAAAAUUCACAAAUGGAGGCGUUGUAAACUUUUCAACGAAGGUUCCAAUGGAGCUCUUCCCGUUAUUCCUUAUUAUCCUCCUCGUUAUGCAGAAGUCGGAGCUACAGGAACAUUAUGUCAUGUUUACAACUAUGAGGUCUGUCUUAAAACGGACUCUGGAGACAGCGAACUUACAAAUAGAAAACCAAUAGUCCAAAAUGUUGUGGAUGUUAAUGCUAAUGGAACAGAAACAAACACUCACAAAGGGAAUCGGGAUUCAACUGUUGAAGAAGAUAUAAUACAGGCCACAUUAAUUAAUGGAGAGGUCCGCUAUUCCAUUCCAGAAGAAAUGGUGAGUGGGACUUUUGUUGGAGAUAUUGGAAAAGAUUUGUCGUUAGGUAUUCAGAGACUGAAAAUCGGCAAAGCCCGUUUCUAUACUGAAGGAGGGGCAGAAUAUAUUGAGUUAGAUAUAAAUAAAGGACAAAAUCGACAGGGAACAGAUGUGUGGAAAACUAACCCUUUGCACUUUAAAUUGUCAGAUUAUUCUUGA